GGCUGGUCGCUGAUUGGUGGACAGAGUCGGUCCGGAUGAACUAUAGAGUGGCAGAUGAGCCGGUAGAGCUUCAUUAAACGAACCAGCAGCGGCGGAGAGAAGCUUUACAGGAGACGAUAAAGGUGUCGAAAGGUGGACAACUUUACGGUACAUUUGUUGGACUAUACUGGAACACAACGACGAGACACUGAAAACGCGUACCGCGCAGUUUUAAAGCUAUAAAUCACCGUUAAACUACCUGUUAGGGCAAUUUUGAUCCGUUGUUGUGAAGUACCAAGAAGAACAGCCAUGCUCAGCCUGUGCCUCGUGUUGAUGUUGUCUGCCGCCUCCGUGCUCUCAGAGUCGCAGGUGAGGGAGACGGAGACAUGGAUGCCCAUGAAGACCUCAGAGGCAGUUGGCAUGUCGACACGCGGCGGCGACCUGGAGGCGUCCGGACACUCCCCAACCGGCUCAGACUUCGGCUUCACAGAUGACGGCGAUGACGAUUACUUGUAUGAUGAUGAUGAAGACUACGAGGAGUUCUCUGGAUCUGGUGACAGAGAAACGAGCAUGCCCACUGAGCCCACGACAUCAGUUAAGCCUGACAUAAAUGACAAUAAGAUCCCUGAGCCAGAGCGCCCGGUGCGGCCAACUGUCAACGAGGUGGAAAUUGUCAAGAACAGUAACCAGAUCCCCCACCUGAGGAAUGAGAAUCCCGGAGAUGACCAGCUAUCCAAUGUCCUCAUGUCCCACACUGGCGAGGAUAGCAUCUUGAGCAAGACGGAGUUCCUUGCAGCUCUGAUUGCAGCCCUCGCCGUCGGCCUGAUGUUUGCUGUUCUUCUCAUCCUCUUCCUCAUCUACCGCAUGAAGAAGAAGGAUGAGGGCAGCUACGAUUUGUCGAAGAAGCCCAUCUACAAGAAGGCCCCCACCACGGAGAUCUACGCAUAGACCCUGAUCUCCUCCCGCUCUUCCACCUCCACUCACAACCACACAAACACACACGUAGUCCCUUAAAAAUGCAAGGGUCUGGCCUCACCGUGCCUCAUCAUACCUCCUCCUCACUUUCCUCCAGUGGAGUGAUGUUGGGUAAAUCAGGAGAGAAGUCCCAACAAUACAAUCGAUUAACUGAUUCCUCCUCCCUGAUGUGCAUUGAUUUACUGGUGCUCUCUGAACCAGUUGGAGACUUUGCUUUGGUCUUCUCAGAAAAAGAAAAGGAGCAACAGGAGUGGACGAUCUCAGCUGCCACCAACACGUUUUCUCUCCAACAGAACAGGACUCUUCACCUCUUUCCUUUAAAAACACUAAAACGGUACUUUAAUGGUCCAGUUAUUUAUUCUCUCCUCUGAAUCUGCAGCUUCUAAAGACUUUGAAGAGGGUUUUUUUUAUUUUUAUUUUUUUUUAUAAUUAUUAUUUUAAAGAAAUGCCAUGAUCAGAAAAACAAAGUUGAAACUGGUUUUAAUCUGAAAGUUGUGCCUCAGUUUUCUGCUGACUUUAACGAAUUCAAACCCUGUAUAGAAGUGUUGUUUGUGCACUGUACAAUGAACCAGUUCAUGUUCUGUAAAUCUUCAGACGCAACAGAGUUCAUUAAAAUGACCUUAAAGUACUUUUUUUUUUUUUUUUUUUUUUUUGUCCCCCUCUUUAAACCUCCUGGUAUGUUUGGCUUCUCCUCAGCACGUAGCACCAGAUAAGUGAGUCAGACUAAUCCCUGAAAGGAAUUUGUCCAUGCUGGAUGACCCAGGUCACCUAUGAGCACACUGUGCACCUCCGCGGCGAGGAGUUGUUUUACCGCUAUAAUCCACAUUGUGCCUAGAGUCAAAACAGUGAACUCAGUCAUUUUGUGAUGUUCCCUCAUUCGCUUUCCUGCAGAGAGUUCGAGGUUAAGACGUCAUAUCCGAGCUGUUAAUAUGAAGCCAGCAGCUUCAUGUGGUUAGUUUAGCUUACAACGUGAAAGCAGAGGGAAGCUCACCAGGCUCCAAGCUAACAAAACACACCUGUCACCUUUAAAGACUGUAAUGAGACGCGAUGUCAAAAUGUGGGAAAUAAAAGGGCUGCAAACCAACUUUUUAAGCAUUGUCAGUUUGACGUUUCCCAGCUAAUGUUACACUGAUGUUACAUUUUGGGAUUUUUUUUUUUUUUUUUUUUUUUUUUUGCAUGAAAACUGAAAUUUCCUCAUUGAUGGUGAAUAGUCUAACAAAUUAUUUCUUUUUGUUAAAUGAAGAUUAAGGAGAACUCAUGCUCUUCAGUUAUUCUGUUAGCUCGGGCUAGCUGCUUCUGCACCUGCCUUUGUGCUAAGCUAGGCUAACUGUAGGCUUAUAUUUACGAGACAUGAGUGGAUUAUCUGACCUAAAACCACAUUUGCCAAGUUCAAACUUUUAAUUCCUUCAGUUGUUUCAGCAUCGAGGUGCUAAUCAGUGUAAACUUUGAGCUCUGCAGAAACUGCUCAUUUCCAGUAAUUUAUAUAUAUAAUUUUUUAUUUUUUAAAAAUCAUGGGGUUCAUGCUUUUCUCAAUAAGCUACACCGACUGUUUGCUGUUUAUUUUUUAUGUUUUCAAUCACAGUUCUCUGAGCAAAUGCUGAAGCCGAUCUGAUGCUCAUGUUUCUGGGCUGCAGACGCAGCCUGCAGGCUGGUCUACCAAGGAUUUGUACAUAGUCAUAUAAAAAUAAAAAAAAUGUAUAUUAACUUGGUACUCAGCUGUGUUCUGGCAACAGAAAUAUCUACCAAAUAUUUAAAUGCCAAAUUGUUAUUUUUCUCUUGUUUUCCUCGCAGUAACCUUCAUGUGAUUUACUGUAAAUGUAAGUUUUGAUACUACCGAUGCUAAUACUAACUCCUCUAAUGUCCUCCAGUAUUUUAUUAUCCCACCAGUAGAUCAGCUUGUUCCCCUCUGUUAUGUUUUAUUAAUUUAACUGUCAAAUUAUUUUAUUGCCUUCUUUCAGGUUUGGGUGUUUUGCCCUUAAGCUGUUGUAUAUGUGAUUUUUUUGAAAAGUUUUAUAUACACUAGUUUCAGAUUUUCAGAGGCAAAUAGUUUUGAAACUUUCUGUGUUAAUUUUGUAAGAAUGUUUAUCUUUUAGAUUUUUUUUUUUUUUUUGCAUUUGUAUUUAUGGUGUUUUUUUGUGUAGGACUGAUUAUGUGGUUGUUGUACAUCUCGUCAUUCAGGGGAUGUUGUGUCAAUGAGCCAUGUUGUUGUCAGCAGACCUCGGGUUGAUUAUUAGUUACUUAUUACUUACAUAGUUUGGGACAUUUCAUGCUUCAAAAAUGUUACAGUUACAAAAAUGUCUGGAUUCUUGUUAAAGGCCUGAUAAUCAGGAAAAUACUGCUGCCCGUGUCCUUCAGUGUGCCGGGACGAGUGAGCUGACCUCAAACCCAGGCGGAGGAAUAAAUCUGAUUAGAUUACAUGAGAGGAAAAAACUUUUUCAAAAAGCAGCUGGUGGUCGGCCCGGGUCUGGUGCGGCAAACAUGGGAGGGUAUGUUCUGCUGCUUAAUGUCACAAAUACCACACGUGAAUCAUCAGUGAAGCCAAUGAAUCAUUGGUUUCUGAAUGCUGGUUCUGAUUUAUUGAAAAUAAAGCUAUUUUUAUGCACAUUAACAUUUUA